AUGAUUAUAGAGAGCGGAAAUUCGUUGUUAACCGCAAUCAACAACAUUCCAGAAGUUGACGAUCAAAGUGAAUUGUUGAUCCAUAUGCAAGAUAUGUUAUGGCGGAAGUUCAUCGAUUGCUACACUGGGUAUCCCAACAGUGUGUCUGACAUUAGAAUUUUCAGAAAUUCAGAUAUUUUUAAAGAAAUUGAGGCGAACAAGGACGACGAGCAGAUUCUUAUUGUGAAAAAGCAUAACCAUCAAUGCCUGGUGUCUAUCACCAUUCAUUCAAAGAGAUCCGUGCGAACGUUUUCGUUAUUGUUUGGAAGAUUUCGUCGUUCAACGUAUCUGGACAUGACUACCACAAAUUUCAUUCCUACGACUAUUAUCGCGUGUUGCGUUUUACACAACCUUUCCCUGGAAGAUGAGAAGAGUUUUUGAUAAGAUUGUAGAAUGACGGACAGGUCUUUUAUAGAACCAUAGUGAAUGACA